AAACUCAGUUCCAAAACAAAGCUUUUACAUGCAAUUAACACAUCUACCUUGAUGUAAUUAGGAAUACUCUUUCAAAUUCUUCGGGUAAGCAAUGCAUUUCAUUGUCAACAAUGUCUAAAUAAUUGCAAGCGUAAAUGUGAAAUUCUUGAAAGAUCCUUGAGUACAACAUGCAUCGGUAAGAGAUGACCCUGAAUACCAAGUAUAAAACUUCUCUUCGGACACAGAGCAUCCAUCAGUUCGUUCUUAGACUUCAUCUCGUGAACAUCCACCACAAAACAUACAACAUGUUCAAGGUUCUCGCCCUUAUUGCCUGUCUGGCCAUCGUUGCCUCGGCCCAGUACCAUGGAGCUCACUACGAGCAUAAGGAACACUAUGCGCACCCGAAGUACAAGUUCGAGUAUGGCGUCAAGGAUCCCCAUACUGGUGACCAUAAGACCCAGUGGGAAGUACGUGAUGGCGAUGUCGUCAAGGGAGCCUACACCCUGCACGAGGCCGAUGGAACCGAGCGUGUGGUCGAGUACAAGUCGGACGGUCACAACGGAUUCGAAGCCAAUGUCAAGAAUGUAGGACACGCUCAUCACCCGCAGGUCUACGGUGGACACUCUUCUCACGGACAGUACGGUCAUGGUCCUGGAGCCAGUUAUACCAAUGUGGAUAAGCAUUAUUGAAAUGACUGUUCCUGAAAUCACCUAAAUGUGACAAUGAAUUUAAAAAUAUAAAAAAAUCAAAUUGCAUUCCUGCCAGUUUUAUUUCAUGAGCUUUGAAAUCAUUUAUUACACGAGGGAGUAUAAUGUUAACAUUAGUAUACUUACUUACUUAUCAGACGCUACAAUCGCUUCGUGGGACUAAAAUAUAUAAAUGACAAACACUGGACAAACGCAUUUUCUUAUUUUAAAUACGGCACCGGAUCUAGUGCGAACUGAACACGCCUCUUUCAAUGCGAACUCUUCUUUGUUGCAGGAGUGAAAGAAUAUUUCGAAUCGCCUUAGCAAUAUUGGCCCAGUUCCUGCUGUUAGAACACAUCAAGGCGGUGAUAUUUUCCACUGUGACCUCCGUUCCAACUUGGUUGUCCAUUUGACGACGAACUGAGUUGAAUCGUGGGCACACAACCAUAAUGUGUUAUGGUGUCUCCCUGAUAUCUGUGCAUUCUGGGCAGUAAGCAUCCUGGAUAAGCUUUAAGUUUUCCAAUUGUCCCUGAAAGAAACCAUGCCCCGUUAGAAACUGAGUUGUGUGAAACUCAACCUCACCAAAGCGACGAGAGAUCGAGCAGAACGCCUGAGGGAUGAGUUGACGAAUACAAGCACCAUGAUGUAUUCCAUUCCUGUUGCCACAACUGUACGGAAGUAUCACGUCCCGCCUUUCUAGCCUCCUGAUAAUUGCAGCCUGUUUCACGACACCGAUGGUAACACCGAGCGUCUUCUGCGAUCAAAAGA